CAGUGUGCACUUAAUUAAGGUGAACACAAGAGGGAUUCAACCAGCUGAAAGAGUGAGUUUUUAGAUGGAGUGGAGAAACUACUAUAUGGAUGUGAUAUUUGUGCCAUUUGGGUUAGGAAUCAUACUAGCAUAUCAUGUGUGGCUAUGGCACAAGAGCCGGACACAGCCCUUCACCACAACCUUUGGAAUAGAUGCUGAUGGUCGCCGAUUAUGGAUCCCUGCCAUGAUGAAGGACAUUGACAAAAAGAACAUCGUAGCAAUUCAAUCUCUUCGAAACCUAAUCAUGGGAUCAACCCUUAUGGCCACAACAUCCAUGCUCAUCUGCACGGGCCUAGGAGCAGUUAUAAGCAGCACUUACAGUGUUAAAAAUGUAAUCAACGACACAAUUUUUGGAGCACACAGUGACUUUAUGGUGGGACUGAAAUAUGCCAUCAUCCUUGCAAUAUUAUUAUUCUCGUUUCUAUUUCACACUUUCUCUAUAGGGUUUCUCAAUCAAGUGAAUAUCCUUAUUUGCACCCCACAAGAUGUCAAGUCUUUAGUGACCUUGGAAUAUUUAACUCAACUUUUGGACAAGGCCAUCUUAUUGAACACGGUAGGGAACAGGCUUUUCUAUUCGGCACUUCCCCUUUUACUUUGGAUCUUUGGACCUGUGCUAACUUUCUUCUCUUCAAUGGCAAUGGUGCUUAUAUUAUACAACCUCGAUUUUCUGGCUGGGAAUAGCAACAGCAAGAUAGAGGUCUUUAUCCCAAAUGGCAUUUGAGAGUAAAAAAAUGUUUGGAUUUAAGUUUCGAAAGUAUUUUUAUAAAUUUCAAUCUAUAUACAAUAAAAAAAUUUAAGGUAUCAAAUGAAUAAGGAAGAAAUUAUUGCUUCUAAAGUAAAAGAAUUUUCGAAAUCUUCCAAGUUCUAUCCAAACAUAUGCAAAAGCGUUUAAGCCCGUAUCGAUCUCCGUCUUGUCAUGGGCAAACAAAAGGAAACAAGUUUGCUUUUAUAUCUAUUGUUAAUUCAUAGUUAGAAUAUUCUCCAUAAUGUGUCUCACCCAAAAUUCUACAUGAGCAGUAUUAUGUUUAUA